AUGCACACUGCAAAAACACAUGUCGUAUGCUAUCGGUCGUUCAUCAGAGCGGACUGGGAUGCGGACGACGAGCCAUGCCAGAAAAAGCUAUCCUUCGAGCUAUGGACGUUCAUGAAGGCCGAGGGAUCAGCCCACAACCCUGACGCUCAGCGCGUUCGAGCCAGCUGCGUCGAGCAUGAGGAAAUUGGACUGGUAGAACUCAUCACUCCCAAGGGAUACACCAUGUCUGACAGCGUGAGUGCGGCCCCAGGAAGCGUCGUCAGCGAGACCGACCAUGCCUCUUCGUACCAGGGCGCGACCGCCAUCACGUUCGAAGCGUUCUGCGAGGACGAGAACAUUGAGCGAGUAACUCGGGUUGCCCCUGUUGUGGAGGCGUACCCUUUCAACAAGCAUGGUGGUCAAACGAGGCGUCACCUUCAAAGCAGCACCAGCCAGGCAGGACAAGCGCAUCAAGUAGCCGAGCUCAUCGACGGGCUGAAGAACCUCGGGUGUACGAGAACAACGGGCGAAGAUAAAAAACUCUGCGUUUUGUCAGACAGCUUCAACUACCUUGGUAAAGCCGCAACCCUGAAGGAUUCGGGAGACCUGCCCGAGGUCGAGGUCAUCAAGUGA